AUGAGUUUAUCGUACGGAGGAACGACGAGUGCACUGAAAACGCACUGCGAAACGAAGCACGCCGAAAUUUGGAACAAACUUGGGGAGGAAAAAGAGGAGGUAAGCUUCUGGAGAAGCCAAAUCGACAACUACUCCAAGCUGCCGGUCAUCGCCGCGGAGCUCCUGGCCAGUCCGGCAUCGUCUUCUUGCUCCGAGCGCACAUUCAGGUAGCAAUUCAGGCAUUACUGCAGUUAAUCAAAAAUGUGGUCUUUGCAGCAGAUGCACCGAUUUUAUUCGUCAAACGAAGCGCAACAGAGCGACAUUGGACACCAUGAACGCUACGCUGACAGUCACCGAAAACUGCAAAAAGGAGUACGUUUACACUCUACCCCCAGUUACGUCCGAUGAAACGUUUUCAGGGAAAACGACGCGAAAACUGAGGAGUUGAUGGAAAGUGAUGAAGGAGAAGAAGAAGAGUUUUGCGAGGAAGACAUGCUCACACGUAUGGUUCGCAUGGAAAGCGAAAACUCGCCGGAAGAUAUGGCCGAAGAAGAGCUCAUUCCGGACGCGGAUUUGGAACACGACAGCGAAGACAUCAUGGACUACGCUGACGUCCAGGAGGAAUAA